GCGGGCCGCAGCGAGCGGGGCCCACGGCGCCUCAGCCGCCGCCCCGUCAGCGCCCGGAGCAGGGCACGGAGCACGGCCCCUACCGCGCCCGAUGUGAUGGCCGGGGGGGUGAGCGGCGAGCUCAGCGGCGGCCUCGCAUGACGAGCGGGCGGCGAAGAGACCAGCGCGGCUCGGCCCGGCCCUGACGGGCGGCGGCGGCUUCUCGUUCCCCCUCAGCGCCCCCUCCUCGGCCCGGGCGCUGCGGGCGGUCCCGAUGCGCAGGGCCGGUAUCCGCCAUGCAGCCGCCGCCGCAGCCCUACGAGUUGUUCGGCGAGGAGAACGGCCCGAAAUGGCGGGGGCUCUUCGUGCCCGCCCUGCGCAAGGUUCAGCAACAGGUGCACCCCAACCUUUCAGCAAAGGAAGAUUCCCUCUACUACAUUGAGGAGUUGAUACUUCAGCUGCUAAACAAGCUAUGCAUCGCCCAGCCACGCACAGUCCAAGAUGUGGAGGAGCGCGUUCAGAAGACGUUUCCUCAUCCCAUAGACAAAUGGGCCAUUGCCGAUGCGCAGUCAGCUAUAGAGAAACGGAAAAGAAGAAACCCUCUCCUGCUGCCCGUGGACAAAAUACACCCCUUAUUAAAGGAGGUCCUAGGUUAUAAAGUAGAUUAUCACGUCUCUCUCUAUAUUGUGGCUGUCUUAGAAUACAUCUCAGCUGACAUUUUAAAGCUGGCUGGAAACUACGUUUUCAAUAUACGACACUUUGAGAUCUCCCAGCAGGACAUUAAAGUAUCCAUGUGUGCUGAUAAGGUUUUGAUGGAUAUGUUUGAUCAGGAUGACAUUGGCUUGGUUUCUCUCUGUGAAGAUGAACCCUCUUCUUCUGGGGAGCUCAAUUAUUAUGACCUAGUGAGAAACGAAAUUGCAGAAGAAAGGCAAUAUCUCCGGGAGCUGAAUCUGAUAAUUAAAGUAUUUCGGGAAGCUUUCCUCUCUAACAGAAAGUUGUUCACGCCCAAUGAUAUUGAUGUGGUGUUCAGCAACAUUUCAGAUAUUCAUGAGUUGACUGUGAAGCUUUUGGGACUGAUUGAGGAUACUGUUGAAAUGACUGAUGAGAGCAGUCCUCAUCCUCUGGCUGGCAGCUGCUUUGAGGAUCUUGCUGAGGAACAAGCCUUUGAUCCAUAUGAAACCUUAUCCCAGGAUAUUCUCUCUCCACAAUUUCAUGAGCAUUUUAAUAACUUAAUGGCAAAACCUGCUGUUGCUCUUCACUUUCAGUCCACUGCUGAAGGUUUUAAAGAAGCUGUACAAUAUGUCCUCCCACGGCUCAUGCUUAUCCCAGUCUAUCAUUGUUUGCACUACUUUGAGUUACUGCAGCAACUGCAGGAAUGCAGUGAAGAUGAGGAGGACCGGGAGUGCUUAAAACAAGCCAUUACUGCUCUUCUGAAUCUCCAGUGCAGCAUGGAGCGCAUCUACAGCAAACACUCCCCAAGACGUCGGCCUGGGGAGCCAGUCUGUCGCUUCUAUAACCGGCAAAUAAGAAGCAAGCACUUGGCCAUCAAGAAAAUGAAUGAAAUCCAGAAAAAUAUUGAUGGCUGGGAAGGCAAAGAUAUUGGGCAGUGCUGUAAUGAAUUCAUAAUGGAAGGCACCCUGACAAAAAUAGGAGCUAAACAUGAACGACACAUCUUUCUCUUUGAUGGCUUAAUGAUCAGCUGUAAAACCAACCAUGGCCAGUCACGGCUCCCUGGUUACAGCAACGCGGAGUAUAGACUGAAGGAAAAGAUAAUCAUGAGAAAAAUACAGAUUAUUGAUAAAGAUGACACAUCUGAAUAUAAACAUGCUUUUGAACUGGUGUCUAAAGAUGAAAACAGUAUACUCUUUGCUGCCAAGUCUGCUGAGGAGAAGAGUAAUUGGAUGGCUGCUCUGAUUUCCCUCCAGUAUCGGAGUACACUGGAUAGGAUGCUCGACUCCGUGUUACUGCAAGAAGAAAAUGAACAGCCACUGAGGUUGCCCAGCCCAAACGUGUACCGCUUUGUAGUAGAAGAUUCUGAGGAUAACAUUGUUUUUGAGGACAACUUGCAAAGCAGGAAUGGAAUUCCCAUCAUCAAAGGAGGAACGGUUGUGAAAUUAAUCGAGAGGCUAACGUACCAUAUGUAUGCAGAUCCCAAUUUUGUGCGUACUUUCCUUACCACAUACCGUUCCUUUUGCAAGCCCCAGGAACUGCUGAGUUUACUGAUUGAAAGGUUUGAAAUCCCAGAGCCUGAGCCUACUGAAGCAGACAGGCUGGCAAUCGAGAAAGGGGAGCAGCCCAUCAGUGCAGACCUUAAGCGAUUUCGCAAGGAAUACGUCCAGCCGGUGCAACUCAGAAUACUGAACGUGUUUCGUCACUGGGUGGAACACCAUUUUUAUGAUUUUGAAAGAGAUCUGGAGUUACUGGAGAGAUUGGAGACGUUCAUUUCAAGUGUAAGAGGAAAAUCCAUGAAGAAGUGGGUGGAAUCAAUUGCUAAAAUCAUCAAGAGGAAGAAAGCACAGGCAAAUGGGAUCAGUCACAACAUCACCUUUGAGAGCCCCCCUCCCCCCAUCGAGUGGCACAUCUGGCGCGUGGGGCACAGCGAGGUGCUGGACCUCAUGACUCUGCACCCCAUCGAAAUCGCUCGGCAGCUGACACUGCUCGAGUCCGACCUGUACAGGGCAGUGCAACCUUCUGAACUCGUCGGUAGCGUUUGGACUAAAGAAGAUAAGGAAAUUAACUCCCCAAAUCUACUGAAAAUGAUUCGCCAUACUACAAAUCUUACUCUUUGGUUUGAAAAGUGCAUAGUGGAAACUGAGAACUUUGAAGAGCGAGUGGCUGUGCUGAGCCGAAUAAUUGAAAUCCUGCAAGUUUUUCAAGAGCUAAACAACUUCAACGGCGUCCUUGAGAUUGUCAGUGCCAUGAACUCUGUGUCCGUGUACCGACUGGAUCACACAUUCGAGGCACUACAGGAAAGGAAAAAAAGAGUUUUGGAUGAAGCAGUAGAACUAAGUCAGGAUCACUUCAAAAAAUACCUGGCCAAGCUCAAGUCAAUCAAUCCACCCUGUGUGCCUUUCUUUGGAAUAUACCUAACAAAUAUUUUGAAGACAGAAGAAGGGAAUCCUGACUUCCUUAAAAGACAAGGGAAAGAAUUAAUUAAUUUCAGUAAGAGGAGGAAAGUGGCUGAAAUUACAGGAGAAAUUCAGCAGUACCAAAACCAGCCUUACUGCUUACGGAUAGAGCCAGAAAUCCGGAAAUUCUUUGAAAAUCUCAAUCCUAUGGGGAAGAUACCUGAAAAAGAGUUUACAGAUUAUCUGUUCAACAAGUCAUUAGAAAUUGAACCUCGAAACUGCAAGCAACCUCCUAGAUUUCCUAGGAAAACAACGUACCCCCUGAAGUCUCCUGGGAUAAGGCCCAAUGCUGGCAGGCACGGCUCCACCUCUGGCACCUUGAGAAGUCACCCACUGCCACUUGAAAAGGAGCCGAGUAAGAUAAGUUUCAGUAGAAUCACGGAGGCGGAGCACGAAUCAGCAGUGUCUGCACCAACCUCUCCCAACACACCUUCCACUCCCCCGGUGUCUGCUUCGUCAGAGUUCAGCGUAUUUUUAGACAUUGACCUCAACAGUUCUUAUGGUAACAACAGCAUCUUCGCUCCCGUCAGUUUGCCUCAGUCAAAGACCUUCUUCAGCUCCUGGGGAAGCUUUCCCAAGCUAAGUGAUGAGCCUCAAAACCCUCCUCCACUUCCUCCUCGAAAAAAGGUGGAUCAGGAUGUUUCUAAUGCGAAGGGAAGUCUGAAAUCGGAUGAUGAUCCUCCAGCAAUUCCACCUCGGCAGCCGCCACCUCCAAAGAUCCAGCCUCGAGCUCCUGCUUACAGCCCCUUUGAGCAGCCUCUGCACAGCCCUCCUCCUCCUCCCCCUCGGGACCCCCUCCCCGACACUCCACCUCCGGUACCUCACCGUCCUCCCGAGCACUUCAUCAACUGCCCCCUGAACCUGCAGCCGCCGCCGCUGGGCCGCAUGCACAGAGAUCCCGACUGGUUCCGUGAGGCCGGCCCAGGUCCCAGCUCUCCCAGCACUCCUCCCAGCACUCCCUCCCCGCGGGUGCUGCGUCGCUGCUGCGUGAUUGGCGCCGCUCACAACAGCCCGGGUCACCCGCCUGCACCCCCCGUCCCACCCAGGCAGAACUCGAGCCCUCAGCUCCCAAAGCUGCCACCAAAGACUUACAAAAGGGAGCUCUCCCACCCCCCUUUGCACAGACUGUCUUUGCUAGAAAACGCAGAAGCUCCUCAAUGACCUUAGCCAUAGUAGUCAUUGACACUGGAAUAGUAUUUGUAAAGUUCCUUUUUUUAUUUAUUCAGAAAGGCAGUCGUAUUUUAGUACUCUCGCAAAUUAUGCUCUUAAAGUGCUGCUGAUCAAAGACAAAAAUAGCUUAAAUUGGGAAAAAAACCCAUCAAAACUACACGGUCUGGCCUGUGUCUGUUGGACAGCGUUGCCCUCAGGUGACCAGCAGCAUUGCUUUCCACACCCUCAGUACCGACAGUCAUGCCAGUAUACAAAGAUACCUUUUGCACUGUAAAUAACACUAAUUGAGUUGAAACUGACAUCAUUUGAUUGCACUAAGCCAAAACAAAAAGGUGUGUCUGUGGAAUCUUUCUUCUAAUUUGAGCACUAAUGGCCUUUUUUUGUUGUUUUUUGGGACGAUCACACGAGGUGAGGACACACACAGUGUCACCCAUCUCAACCUCUGGCCACCUGCCUUCUGACUUUGGGCUUCGAGGUUGGUGAGUGACAGCUGCUGUUCCCCAGUGUUUUACUGCCAUGUUGAUUUGCUGCUGAAGACAAAGAGAAAUGGAUUGAAAUCCCAAAGGUGAAACCAAAACUUGCGGUUGGUGUUGAGUGACGAACAAGGAUGGGCAGCCUCCCCAGGACGUGCCCAACAUGCAUCUUGUUCAGAUGUGCCUUUUCAUUUCGGUAGGUGAAGAUGUCUUAAGCUAAAGAGUUGGCUGCUCUUCAGGAGAACAAAGCUACACGCCGUGUACGUACAAUUGUUUAUAUUGUAUAUUUACAGAUAGUGCUAAUAACGUGUAUAAAUGGGAGCGAUACGAGGCCUGUAACACAGUGCUGCUCCGAUCCUAUGCGGCCAGAAGCGAUUCCUCUGGCCCAGGAGCAGCCUUGCCUUCCAAACCCAGUAACUUCCCUCAGAUUUCACCUAACUUAAUCGUGAAUCCGUUUUGGAAAUUGGUAGCAUUUAAACCAGCAAACAUUUAAAGCUUUAUUAAACUUUUUGAACUGAGAAGUGAACGGAACUUUCCUUUGCCAGUUGGACUACUGGGUUGAACUGGUGCGAGAGUGAGUCUGUCCUACUGGUAGUACUGUAGCAGCAUUUAUACAGUGGCCAGAAGCCACUUUUUAUUUACUGGUCCGUGGCCUUUUACUGUGCUUUGUAUCAGAGUUCUUAACAAGAUUAAUAAAUCACCCCAGUCUUAAUUUUCAA